UGAAGGGGUGUAAACACACACCCCAAACUCUCACACUGUCCUAUAGUACCUGUUACGGAAUAGAUAUACAGGACACCUACAGAAUCUACACAAGACCGAGAAUAAAAGGUCUGAGUAUGAGCGCACAAAACGUUGGGUCCAGGAAUGAACAUCAGGCUUUCAGGCUCCACAUGGUCACGUGGAAUGUUGGCACAGCGGAGCCACCAGCUGAUGUGAGGUCAUUACUGCAGCUCGACUCGCAGCCGGCCACUGACCUCUUUGUGAUUGGUCUACAGGAAGUGACUGCCACUCCAGUGCGGUAUAUCUCUGAUCUCAUUUCUGAGGACUCAUGGAGUCACCUUCUCAUGGAUACUCUGGCACCAAUGGGAUAUAUCAAGGUGACUUCAGUGAGGAUGCAGGGUUUGCUGCUGAUACUGUUUGCAAAGCAGGUCCAUCUGCCUUUCAUCAGAGACAUCCAAAGUACAUACACACGCACAGGCCUGUUUGGAUACUGGGGAAAUAAAGGUGGUGUGUCUGUGCGGUUCUCAUUCUACGGUCACAUGCUGUGUUUUCUAAACUGUCACCUGGCGGCUCAUAUGAACUACGCCCUGCAACGCAUGGACGAAUUUGAAUAUAUACUGGACACACAAGACUUCGAUAUGUACAACACACCACAAGUGCUUGACCACAAGGUGGUCUUCUGGUUUGGUGAUCUGAACUUUCGUAUUGCCGACCACGGGAUGCACUUUCUCCGGUCCUCGAUCAACAACGGCAGAUUUAACCUGCUGUGGGACAGAGAUCAGCUGACCAUGAUGAAGAAGAAAGAACCUAUUCUUCAGGAGUUCGAAGAGGGACCGCUGUGCUUUAAACCCACGUAUAAGUUUGACCGUUUCUCAGAGACUUACGAUACAAGAGCACCGAGGACGUGGUUUGGAUUUAUUGGUAAAAAGCGGAAGCCUGCCUGGACGGAUCGUAUCUUGUGGAGGAUAAAACCCAAAACAAUAGAGACUGAGGAUGAGAAUAGGUCGACGACAUCAUCAGUUGAGGAUGAUGAGUAUCAUAUUAAGGUGACACAGGACAUGUACACCUGUGAUGUCUCAUAUGGAGUCAGUGACCACAAACCCGUCAUUGCAAACUUCAAUCUGGAGAUGAGAAAAAAGGUGGAGACUCCUUUAGUCACACUAACGGUGGAGGGACACUGGAGUGCCGAUGAAGACGGCACAUUCACCUACACCAUUCUGGAAAACUUUGAGUCCUCAACCCGGGAUUGGAUCGGAUUGUACAAGAUUGGCUUUAAAAGUGCCUUCGAUUACUCCUCCUUCGCUUGGGUCAAAGAUGAUGAAGUGGCUGCCAACGGCGAAGUCGUGACGGUCAAGAUGAGUAAAAAUGAGCUCCCCCUGCUGGCAGGGGAUUACGUUCUCGGCUAUUACAGCACCAACAUGCAAACCCUUAUUGCCUUUAGUUCGAUUUUCCAGAUUCUCGAGUCUAGACAAGCUGUAAUGGAGGGUCUGGUUCCCGAGAACAUCAACGGACACGAGAAGUAACUGGAUGACUUCUAACCUCAUAUGUUCACGUGUAAAAAUCACAGCAGGAUCUGAUUUGAGAUCACAUUUGCCUGUGUAAACAGACCUUGUUUGAUUUUUCAAGGUAAUGCUGAUUCUGUGAAACAGUCUCAUAAUGAGUACGAUUCAAAAUCUAAGGCUUUAAAGUUUCCCGAAACACUGAGUCUAAUCACUGAACACACUGCAGCGCUCUUUUUCAUUCUGUAAACACACACAUUGCGCUUUUCUGCUGUAGUAUGUUGUGCCUGUAUCUGCCGCUAGAGGUUUAUAAAGCAAUCGCUAACUUUAUUACAGACACAUCCUAACUCAGAAUGGUAUCCCAUCUGUUUAGUAACCAUAGUAAUUCGACAGAGAACUGAGAAAUUCUUCACAGCUUUCAUGUUUUUGUUUUUUAAUCAAAUUUGAUUCUAAUAAGAAAGUAAUACUAAUAAGAGUGUAGAACAGGCCUGUGUUUUAUGCCAAAAUCAACACAUAAAUUUAGCAUUAUUUUACCUGUUCGUUUUAUUUUUAUAUGAUAUAUGUAAUAAAGAAUGUUGCAUUUACAUUGCCUAU